CUGCUGCUGCUCCUGGUGGUGGCUGCGAGCGUCCUGCCCGGAGCUGGCGGGACCUGCCCGGAGCGGGCGCUGGAGAGGCGGGAGGAGGAGGCGAACGUCGUGCUCACGGGCACGGUGGAAGAGAUUCUCAACGUGGACCCGGUGCAGCACACGUACUCGUGCAAGGUUCGGGUCUGGCGGUACCUGAAGGGCAAAGAUGUUGUAACCCCGGAGAGCCUGCUGGACGGUGGCAACAAGGUGGUGAUUGGUGGCUUUGGAGACCCCCUCAUCUGUGACAACCAGGUGUCCACUGGGGACACCAGGAUCUUUUUUGUGAACCCUGCACCCCCAUACCUGUGGCCAGCCCACAAGAAUGAACUUAUGCUCAACUCCAGCCUCAUGCGGAUCACCCUGCGUAACCUGGAGGAGGUGGAGCACUGUGUGGAAGAUAAACCCGGGACCCACUUCACACCAGCAGCCCCGACGCCUCCAGAUGCGUGCCGGGGGAUGCUGUGUGGCUUCGGUGCCGUGUGUGAGCUGAGUGCAGAGGGCCCAGGCCGAGCCUCCUGCGUGUGCAAGAAGAGCGCUUGCCCCAGCGUGGUGGCCCCCGUGUGCGGCUCCGACGCCUCCACCUACAGCAACGAGUGCGAGCUACAGCGGGCACAGUGCAGCCAGCAGCGCCGCAUUCGCCUGCUAAGCCGCGGCCCCUGCGGGUCCCGGGAUCCCUGCUCCAACGUGACCUGCAGCUUCGGCAGCACCUGCACCCGCUCGGCUGACGGGCAGACAGCCGUGUGCCUGUGCCCCACCUCCUGCCCAGGGGCUUCCGAGGGCACAGUGUGUGGCAGCGACGGUGCUGACUACCCCAGCGAGUGCCAGCUCCUGCGCCGUGCCUGUGCCCGCCAGGAGAACCUCUUCAAGAAGUUCGACGGCCCUUGCGACCCUUGCCAGGGCACCCCCGACGACCUGAGCCACAUGUGCCGGGUGAAUCCUCGCACUCGGCAGCCGGAGAUGCUCCUGCGGCCAGAGAGCUGCCCCCCACGGCAGGCACCUGUGUGCGGUGACGACGGUGUCACCUAUGACAGCGACUGUGUGAUGGGCCGCACUGGGGCUGCCCAUGGCAUCCUCCUCCAGAAAGUUCGCUCCGGCCAGUGCCAUCCACGAGACCAAUGCCUGGAGCCCUGCCAAUUUCAUGCUGUGUGUCUGUCCCGCCGGGGUCGCACCCGCUGCUCCUGCGACCGAGUCACUUGUGAUGGCGCCUACAAGCCAGUGUGUGCCCAGAAUGGGCACACAUAUGACAACGAGUGCUGGCUCCACCAAGCUGAGUGCCAGCAGCAGCGUACCAUCCCUGUGAGGCACCAGGGCCCGUGUGGCCAGCCCCCGUCCCCGUGCCUCGGGGUUCAGUGCCCAUUUGGGGCAAUGUGCGCCGUGAAGAACGGCGAGGCUGCGUGUGAGUGCCCGCAGGCAUGCCCAGGCAUCUACGACCCCGUGUGCGGCAGUGACGGCAUCACGUAUGGCAGCGCGUGCGAGCUGGCAGCCACGGCCUGUGCCCUUGGCCGAGAGACACGUGUGGCAAGAAGAGGGCCCUGUGACCGCUGUGGGCAGUGCCACUUCGGGGCCCUGUGUGAGGCGGAGACAGGGCGUUGUGUGUGCCCUUCUGAGUGUGUGGCCUCGGCCCAGCCUGUGUGUGGCUCCGAUGGGCGCACCUACGCCAGUGAGUGUGAGCUGCACGUGGCUGCCUGCACCCGCCAGAUCAGCCUUCACGUGGCCACAGCUGGACACUGCCAAGCCUGUGGGGACAUGGUGUGUGCCUUUGGGGCCGUGUGCUCGGCGGGGCAAUGCGUAUGUCCGCAGUGCGAGCACCCCCCACCUGGCCCUGUGUGCGGCAGUGAUGGCAUCACCUACCGUAGCUCAUGCGAGCUCCGCGAGGCAUCCUGCCGGCAGCAGACACACAUCGAGGAGGCCCGGGCAGGGCCCUGCGAGCUGGCUGAGUGCGGUUCAGGAGGCUCUGGCUCCGGGGAGGAUGGUGAGUGUGAGCCCGAGCUGUGCCGGCAGCGUGGCGGUGUCUGGGACGAGGACUCAGAGGAUGGGCCAUGUGUCUGUGACUUCAGCUGCCAGAGUGUCCUGCGGAACCCAGUUUGUGGCUCUGAUGGGGUCACCUAUGGCACUGAGUGUGAGCUAAAGAAGGCCAGGUGCGAGUCACAGCGAGAACUGUACGUUGCGGCUCAGGGAGCCUGCCGAGGCCCUACUGCCGCCCCAUUGCCGCCCAUGGCUCCCCUACAUUGCACCCAGACACCCUACGGCUGCUGCCAGGACAAUGUCACUGCUGCCCGGGGCGUGGGACUAGCUGGCUGCCCCAGUGUGUGCCAGUGCAACCCUCACGGCGCCUAUGGUGGCUCCUGUGAUCCAGCCUCGGGCCAGUGCUCCUGCCGCCCUGGUGUAGGGGGCAUCAAGUGUGACCGCUGUGAGCCUGGCUUUUGGAACUUCCGUGGCAUCGUCACCGAUGGCCGGAGCGGCUGCACCCCCUGCAACUGUGACCCCUGGGGUGCCGUGCGGGACGACUGUGAGCAGAUGAGCGGGCUAUGCUCCUGUAAACCCGGGGUGGCGGGUCCCAAGUGCGGGCAGUGUCCAGAUGACCGGGCCCUAGGUCCCACUGGCUGUGAAGCAGACUCUGUGGCACCUGUGACCUGUGCGGAGAUGCACUGUGAGUUUGGAGCCUCCUGCAUGGAGGAAACUGGCUCUGCCCGCUGUGUGUGCCCGACGCCCACAUGUCUGGAGGCCAAUGCAACCAAGGUCUGUGGGUCAGACGGCGUCACCUAUGGUGACGAAUGUCAGCUGAGGACCAUCGCCUGCCGCCAGGGCCUGGACAUCUCUGUCCAAAGCCUCGGGCCCUGCCAGGACUCCAUCGCUCCCAGCGCCCACCCGACACCUGCAGCCACCACCAGGCCUGUCACGCGUGGGGCACUGCUGGCCGCCCCCAGCGCCCUCUCCCUGGGUCCUAGUAGUACCCCCCACAGCCAGCCCACCCCUCGACCCUCAGCACGACCAUGGACCACAGCCAGCGUACCCAGGACCACAGGGCGGCCAGCGCUGACUGUGCCCCCCACGGCCUCCUCCACGGCGGCCAGCCUGGCCACAUCAGCCUUUGGUGAAUCAGGCAGUGCCGAUGGUGGGAGUGGCGACGAGGACCUGAGUGGGGACCUGGAGGCCAGUGGAGCCGGCUCUGGGGGACUUGAGCUUCCCGAGGGUGGCAGUGCUGUGACCCCUGGACCACCCAUUGAAAGGGCUUCCUGCUAUAACUCGCCUCUGGGCUGUUGCUCAGAUGGGACAACAGCCUCGCUGGACGCAGAGGGCUCCAACUGCCCAGCCACCAAGGCAUUCCAGGGCGUGCUGGAGCUCGACGAGGUCGAGGGGCAGGAGCUGUUUUACACGCCUGAGAUGGCUGACCCCAAGUCGGAGCUGUUUGGGGAGAUGGCACGGAGCAUCGAGAGUGCAUUGGAUGACCUCUUCCGGAACUCGGAUGUAAAGAAGGACUUCCGGAGCGUGCGCCUGCGGGACCUGGGGCCUGGCAACUCAGUCCGUGCCAUCGUGGAUGCCCACUUUGAUCCCACCACGACCUUCAGAGCACCCGACGUGGGACGAGCCUUGGUCAGGCAGAUCCAGGCAUCGCGGCGCAGGUCCCUGGUGGUGAAGAGGCCACUGCAGGAGCACGUGCACUUCAUGGACUUCGAUUGGUUUCCUGCAUUCUUCACCCCGGGAGCCACCACUGCCAUGGCUGGAGCCACUACUGCUGCCCACCUGCCCUCUGCCUCUGUGACCCCCCGGGCCCUGUACCCUACUCACAUGAGCCUCAGCAGAACCACAGCCCCCACCAUCACCCGCCGGCCCUCCACCACUACCCCAAGCCAUGUGCCUGGACGCCGGCCCCUGCUCCCAGGCACCCCACGGCCCCCACAGCCCUGUGACUCGCAGCCCUGCCUUCACGGUGGGACCUGCCAAGACCGGGAUGCUGGCCGGGCUUUCAGUUGCAGCUGCCCCCUGGGCAGGGGGGGCACUGUCUGCGAGACGGUGUUGCGCCCUGCGGUGCCAGCUUUCAGGGGCCACUCCUUCCUGGCCUUCCCCACACUGCGCGCCUACCACACACUGCGCCUGGCACUUGAGUUCCGGGCGCUGGAACCACAGGGGCUGCUGCUCUACAAUGGCAAUGCCCGUGGCAAGGACUUCCUCGCGCUGGCUCUGCUGGGGGGACGCGUGCAGCUCAGGUUUGACACUGGCUCUGGGCCUGCCGUGCUAACCAGCUCGGUGCCCAUUGAGCCAGGCCGCUGGCACCGCCUGGAGCUGUCACGGCACUGGCGCCAGGGGACACUCUCAGUGGAUGGCGAGACCCCCGUACUUGGCGAAAGCCCCAGUGGCACUGAUGGUCUCAACCUGGACACAGACCUCUUUGUGGGUGGUGUUCCCGAGGACCAGGCCACUGUGGUGCUAGAGCGGACCUCAGUCAGCGCUGGCCUGCGGGGCUGCAUCCGCCUACUGGACAUCAACAACCAGCAGCUGGAGCUGAGUAGUCCGGGGGCUGCAGCCCGCAGUGCUGGUGUGGGCAAGUGCGGGAAUGACCCCUGCCUGCCCAAUCCCUGUCAUGGUGACGCCCCAUGCCAGGCCCUGGAGGACGACAUGUUCCUCUGCCAGUGCCCGCCCGGCCGUUUUGGCCCGACUUGCGCUGAUGAAAAGAGCCCCUGCCUUCCCAACCCCUGCCACUGGGCAGCCCCCUGCCGCGUGCUGCCCGGGGGUGGAGCCAAGUGCGAGUGCCCCCUGGGACGCGGGGGUGCCCUCUGCGAGAUAGCCUCAGAGCAGGAUGACUCCUGGCCCUUUCUGGCUGACUUCAAUGGCUUCUCCUACCUGGAGCUGAAAGGCCUCCACACCUUUGAGCGUGACCUGGGGGAGAAGAUGGCGCUGGAGGUAGUCUUCCUGGCCCGUGGCCCCAACGGCCUGCUCCUCUACAAUGGGCAGAAGACAGACGGCCGGGGGGACUUUGUGUCCCUGGCGCUACACAGCCGCCACCUGGAGUUCCGAUACGACCUGGGCAAGGGGGCAGCAGUCAUCAGGAGCAAGGAACCAGUGGCCCUGGGCACCUGGACCCGGGUCUCGCUGGAGCGCAGUGGCCGCAAGGGUGCCCUGCGUGUUGGCGAUGGGCCCCGAGUGCUGGGGGAGUCCCCGAAAUCCCGCAAGGUGCCGCACACGGUCCUCAACCUGAAGGAGCCGCUCUACGUUGGGGGUGUCCCUGACUUCAGCAAGCUGGCCCGGGCUGCUGCUGUAUCCACAGGCUUUGACGGCGCCAUCCAGAUGGUCUCCCUGAAAGGCCGCCAGCUGCUGACCAAGGAGAACUUGCUGCGGAUGGUGGAUGUCUCAUCCUUUGUGGACCAUCCCUGCACCCGGCCCUCAGGCCACCCCUGCCUCAAUGGGGCCUCCUGCCUCCCACGGGAGGCUAAGUACGAGUGCCUGUGUCCUGCGGGCUUUUCGGGGCCACACUGCGAGAAGGGGCUGAUCGAGAAGUCAGCAGGGGACCUGGACACGCUGGCCUUCGAUGGGCGAACCUACAUUGAGUACCUCAACGCUGUGACUGAGAGCGAACUGACUAAUGAGAUCCCAGCCCCCGAAGCUCCGGAUCCCGGGGCCUCUCACAGUGAGAAGGCACUGCAGAGCAACCACUUUGAGCUGAGCCUGCGCACAGAGGCCACACAGGGGCUGGUCCUGUGGAGUGGCAUAGCCACGGAGCGAGCAGACUACAUGGCGCUGGCCAUCGUGGAUGGGCACCUGCAGAUGACCUAUGACCUGGGCUCCCAGCCCGUGGUGCUUCGCUCCACUGUGCCUGUCAACACCAACCGGUGGCUGCGGGUCAAGGCGCACAGGGCACAGAGGGAAGGCUCCCUACAGGUGGGCAAUGAGGCCCCUGUGACCGGCUCCUCCCCGCUGGGCGCCUCGCAGCUAGACACAGACGGAACCCUGUGGCUGGGGGGCCUGGAGAAGCUGCCUGUAGGCCAGGGGCUGCCCAAGGCCUACAGCACUGGCUUCGUGGGCUGCCUGCGGGAUGUGGUGGUGGGCCGGCGCCCACUGCACCUGCUGGAGGAUGCCAUCACCAAGCCCCAGCUGCGGCCGUGCCCUGCGUCCUAAGCCAGCCAGGCCAGGAGCCCCUGCCACCAUCACCUCCCACCU